AUGUGUAAACUAGGUGCGGAAACACGUUGGUCAGAGGCGCGCCGGACAAGGAAGGUCAUCGGCAAGAGGCGCGGUCGGAGAAAUUACCAAAAAAAAGGGUGCACGCGCCGGUGCGUGAAGAAUGACGCGAGACUUCUGAAGGCGCAUAGCUCACACGCUUCACUGGAUGGCAGCGGGACUCCGGGUGUAAGCCGAUCGGUUGGUGUCCUUCCUUCUCAAACGGCUAAGGGAGCAAAGAUAUAUAGUGCUGCCAUAGCUGCCACUGCUGAAGCUCCACGGAAUUCAAAGGAGGGGGAGGAAAAGAUAAAGCUACACACUCACUCUUACUCUGGCUUCUGCAUUUGUGAAAGAGGCCUAAAUCAAUUUGGAUUCCAGAUAUAUGAUGUUGUUAGUUACAGACUGCACCGCUUGAGGAAAAAGCUAAAGGAUGAAUUGGAGAACAAGAAUGCUGUUCAAGAGUAUAUAUGCCCUAACUGUGGCAGAAGGUACAAUGCCUUGGAUGCACUGCGAUUGAUUUCUCCAGCUGAUGAAUACUUUCACUGUGAAAAUUGCAAUGGGGAACUUGUGGCAGAGAGUGACAAGUUAGCUGCUCAAGAAGGAGGAGAUGGAGAUGACAAUGCAAGGAGGCGACGGCGUGAAAAAUUGAAGGACAUGCUUCAAAAGAUGGAGGUACAACUUAAGCCAUUAAUGGAUCAACUUAGCAGAGUGAAGGAUUUGCCUGUUCUUGAAUUUGGAAGUCUUCAAGCAUGGGAAGCUCGAGCAAGUGCUGCCGGGCGUCCGGCAAAUGGUGAUUCUAGUUCCAAUGAUCCCUCCAAAUCUUCCCAGGGGCUUGGUUUCGGUAGAACACCAAUGACAUUUAUUGGAGAGACAAAGGCAAUACGGGUGAAAGUUACAAGGUCAAUGACUUGAAUGUUGAGGCAGAAGCAUCAGGAGAGGAGGAGGAGGAGGAGGAUGAUAUAGAUUGGGAAGAAGGUUGAGUGUCAAAUGAAUUAACCUGUCGUGUGCAAUGCUUGGGAACAAUAUUUAUAAAUUCAAUGUGAAAGGUAACCACUAUUAACAUUUUCUCUAAAUAUGUUUUCCUUUUGUAGACAUUCAUUUCUACAAGUUUUAGGACAACGUCCAUGAGUAGCAGUGACUAAUGUUUGUAAUGUCUUGUGUGUUGAGAUCACCUCUGCCAUGUAUAGACAACUCGAUACAUAACUUGGUUUUCAAAUAUUUGUUCUAUACCCGUUGUCAUGUUGAUGGGUCUUUUUCAUUUA